AUGAAAUAUUUGGCUCUAUACGCUAUAGUUAUAUCAUUACUGGCGUUAAGGGCAUCGUCGGUCGGGGAACGGGCUUUUAAUGCUUGCAAGAAAUAUGCUCUAUCUAUGUUAGAAUGUCACAAUAUUUUAAAUCCAAGUUUUAGAGUUCGAGUGCCCGUUGACUUGCUGUUGUAUCCUCACAUGGCUUUGAUUGGGUUUCGAAAGCAUGUUCAAGAUCUGCCGAUCUGGAAAUGCGGUGGAUCACUCAUAAGUGAAAAGUGGGUUUUAACCGCUGCACAUUGUGUUGAAGACCCUUCAGAUGGAAUAGCAAGUAUUAUUAGAAUUGGUACUGCCACUUUCGAAUUCGAUGAAGUCGAAGAAUUAGCUCAAGAAAGAGAAAUCGAUGAGAUAAUUUCUCAUCCAGAAUAUAAACCACCAUCUAAAUAUCAUGAUAUUGCUUUGAUGAAAGGCAAACCAGACUUUGUUCUGAGUAGAAAUAUACGAUUGGCAUGCUUAAAUCUUAAUUACACAGAUAGUAUGAAGCUGACAGUUAUCGGUUUUGGUAAAACGGUAUCCAAUGCUCUAACUGGAAGUGAAACAUUAAUGAAGGUAGAUGUAGACAUUGUUAAUAGUAAAAUUUGUAACAGAUCUAUGCGAUAUAUGAUAAAGAGAAAAGUUUUGGCUCAGGGCAUAACUGAAAAUCAACUUUGCGCUGGCGAUUACGAACAUGGGGGUAAAGAUACUUGUCAAGGGGAUUCAGGUGGACCUUUGCAAGUGAUGGAUGAGAGAGUUGAUUGCAUUAAUACUUUUCCUCUGCAUAGAAUAGUUGGAGUCACAUCUUUUGGUAGAGAUUGUGGAAGAAAAAUGGCACCAGGUGUUUACACGAGAGUUUCAAAAUACGUUGAAUGGAUUGAAAAUAUUGUAUGGCCUGAUUAUUCAGUAUCGCAAAAAGUAAUAAAGGAUACUAUGAUGAAUGACACUGAAAAUUGUUAAAAUUUUACAUGCAACUGUAAAUCUUAAAGACGAGUUUUUGCACUAGGAAGUACUUA